ACAUAUGUUUUCUUUAAUUUUAGGAUCUGCCUUUGCUAAAGCAAAACCUGAAAGUCCUUGGACGUCUCUGACCCGAAAAGGAAUUGUUCGAGUAGUUUUCUUUCCAUUUUUCUGCAGGUGGUGGUUACAAGUGACAUCAAAUGUCAUCUUUUUCUGGCUGCUUGUUCUUUACCUUCUACAAGUUGCCGCAAUAGUAUUAUUCUAUACAGCAGCAAGCUCACAUAACAUACCUCUGACUGAAGUAAUUGGGCCAAUAUGGCUAAUGUUGCUACUUGGAACUGUGCAUUGCCAGAUAGUUUCAACACGAACUCCUAAACCACCACCUAGCACAGGGGGUAAAAGAAGAAGAUCAAAGAAAGCCAAGAAUUCAAUAGAUAAAUCAACAGAGACUGAUAAUGGCUAUGUCUCCCUUGAUGGGAAAAAGACAGUUAAAAGCAGUGAAGAUGGAGUACAGACCCAUGACCCUCACUGUGAAAUGAUUAGGCCAGAAGAGGGAGGUUGGAGCACAGGAACUAUGAGAAAUGCAUACAACAAUCAUAGUCCUCACAAAGAUACACACAGGACAGUAACAAAUGUAUCUGAUGAAGUUUCAAGUGAGGAGGAACCUGAAUCUGGAUAUCCCUUACGCCGUAAUGUAGAACGUGCUUCUAGUGACUAUGCUCUUCGAAACAGGAAAUCUCACCUUUAUAAGAAACACUACCCUGUGGAGGAUACCCCUAAAUCAGGUACUAGUUGCAGUUCACGAUGUUCAAGUUCCAGGCAAGAUUCUGAGAGUACAAGGCCUGAAUCGGAAACAGAAGAUGUGCUGUGGGAAGAUCUGUUGCACUGUGCAGAGUGCCGGUCUUCCUGUACCAGUGAAACAGAUGUAGAAAACCCUCAAGUUAAUCCUUGUGUGAAAAAAGAAUAUAGAGAUGACCCAUUUCAUCAGAGUCAUUUGCCCUGGCUCCAUAGUUCCAAUCCAGGACUAGAAAAAGUAAGCGCCAUUGUAUGGGAGGGUAAUGAUUGCAAGAAAGCUGAUAUGUCAGUGCUUGAAAUCAGCGGCAUGAUAAUGAACAGAGUGAACAGCAACAUGCCAGGAAUAGGAUACCAGAUUUUUGGAAACAUAAUCUCUUUAAUCCUGGGUUUAACUCCAUUUAUAUUUCGACUUUCACAAGCCAAGGAUUUGGAACAACUAGUUACACAUUCUGCUACUGAACUUUAUAUUAUUGCAUUUGGAUCAAAUGGAGAUGUACUGGUUCUUUCUAUGGUUAUAAUAAGUUUUGUAGUCCGUGUGUCCCUUGUAUGGAUUUUCUUUUUUCUGCUAUGUGUAGCAGAGAGAACAUACAAACAGAGGCUUCUUUUUGCCAAACUCUUUGGUCAUUUAACAUCUGCUAGAAGGGCAAGAAAGUCAGAGAUUCCUCACUUCCGGCUGAAGAAAGUGCAAAAUAUAAAAAUGUGGCUCUCUCUCCGGUCCUAUUUGAAGCGGCGAGGUCCUCAACGGUCAGUCGAUGUAAUAGUUUCAUCUGCCUUCUUAUUGACUAUUUCAGUUGUAUUUACCUGCUGUGCUCAGUUGCUUCAUAUGCAUGAGAUCUUCCUUGAUUGUCACUACAAUUGGGAACUAGUGAUUUGGUGCAUUUCAUUAACUCUCUUUCUCCUAAGAUUUGUUACACUUGGAUCUGAAACAAGUAAAAAAUACAGCAAUACCUCAAUAUUACUUACUGAGCAGAUAAAUCUGUAUUUGAAAAUGGAGAAGAAGCCUAAUAAGAAGGAGGAACUGACACUAGUAAACAAUGUUUUAAAACUUGCUACUAAACUCCUGAAGGAAUUGGACAGCCCCUUCAGGUUAUAUGGACUUACAAUGAACCCACUGCUUUAUAACAUCACCCAAGUUGUCAUCCUGUCUGCUGUUUCUGGUGUUAUCAGUGACUUGCUUGGAUUUAACCUAAAGCUCUGGAAGAUCAAAUCAUGACAAUACACAAAGAGAAGAUGUAGCACAGUAUUCUGGCAAAAUGCAUUGACUGACUAAACUGCCUCAGAGCAGUCACUGAAUCUGUGCUUUGGAAGCUAUGGCCUCUUCAAGGAUGUAGUUUGGAAAACUGAAGCGUUUACAUCUGAUUGUCUUGUGCAAUCUUUAUAUUUAUUUUAUCAUCUCACUGUUUUUUAUGUUUUAGCUGACAUUUGUAUUUUAUUUUCAAGUAUUGGAAUGCUUAGUUAUUGAAAGGGUUAGAAAACUGAUAUCCAGAUACUUGAGAUCCUGGUAUUUGUUCACACUAAAUUACUUUAUCUUUUUUGAAAGCUAAAUACCAAUGCUAAGCUUUUAUACUUCAUAAUUUAUGGGUAAAAACAUAUUUGUAGAUUGAUUGUUACAGUAGAAAUUAUACAUAUUUACAAAUAACUUAAAGUACUGAUAAUAUAGUAUGACAGAUAGUGGAAAUGUUUUAUGUUAAUGCUAGAAGCAAGCUGGUUUCUUACUUUUUUUGAGUGAGCCCAGGAUCUAAACUGAUUAAGCUGCAGUUUAAACACCCUUGGAUAUUAAUAAGGUAUUACAUAACAGGUCAACAAGUACUAUUUAACACUUUUAUUAGAGCAAUAAUUGUAAACGGUUAACAUGCUGUAAGAUAUUUUGAUAAAAUUAACUAUUGUAUUUAUUUGAAACACUGGGCUAUUGCACAGAUUCGACUGUGCAUGCUCAGUAUGUGCACUUUUUAUUGUUACUUUUAAUUAGGACCUUUAUAUGUAGUAAAGGGAAUAUAUUAUGGUGGACUGUGGAGUAAUAUAUUAUUUUUGCAACUUGAGUAUUUGGACUUCUCUUAUGAGUGAAAAAGUUGUUAAUGGAAGAUGGUAAAUUAUAUACACUCGAGAAUAGGACAGAUACUCUCCCAUAGUACACUAUAGUAUAUGCUGUUUAUACCACACUUAACUUUAAGAACUGUUGUUUAAAAAAAGAAAAAAAGAAACAUUUCUAUAUAAUGUAAGUCUUAUUUGUUUGCAUGCCCACAUCUCCUGCAAUUAUAAAAAUGUAGCUUCCAAAAUCUAUCAGCUAAAGCUAGUAUGCAGUGUUGCUGUAGUUAAGGCAAUUUUUAAAAAAUGCUGCUAAUGUUAGCAUCACCAAACUCCUCCUCAGUGUUUUUAUUUAGGUUGCCAAGUCUCCUGUCUAAACUCUGAUGCUACUUAAGGAGCAUGAUUUUGAUGUUAGAUUUAUUUUGGGGUUUACAUUUUAGAUUAGCUUGAUUGUGACUCAUUAUUUCCUUAGAGUAUCAGAUAGUUUUUGAAUAUGGAAAAACUAGAAAUUCAUCCCUUCAGAGUUAUUAGUUUGUGCUUAAACAUAUAACAACAUCCCACUUACAAAACUCUGUUAGGAGGGCCAAUAUCAUGUUUGAGUAUCCUUAAACAUUUUACUUCUGGGGGAAUAUAUUUUAUGAUUAGAAUUUGAAAAAUCAUCUUCAGAUUGGAAAAGAGCCUAUUACAUUUUCUACUAUGUGAUACAUACAUAUAUACACACUAAAAAAAAUCUGUCAUACAUGACAUAUUACUAAUCCUCUGUCAUUAAAUAGUUGAGGUAAUGUAUCUUAAACUUGUGUGGUAUCAAAAAAUAUAUAUACAAAGCAACGCAAACAAGCAUUUUGUAUUUUAUUUGCAUAUGUACUAAUGUUUAAUAACGACCAAAGUGCAUUCUGGUUUUUGAAGGAAUGUAUUACUGGAGCUUUAAGAACAUGUUAUUCUUAGUUUCUCAUGUGAUAAAUUUGGCUACAUCUGAUCUGUUUCUUCUUCCUCUGUUAUCUGAUGUUGGGAUUGUUUUUAGGAAUUAAGUAUAUUUUAUAAACAGGUUUUUUUCCAAAAUAUGGUACAGACUGACACAGAACUUAAUUUUGCACAGAAUAUAUUUUAGUGGGGGAGGGAGCGUACAGCAAGAAUUGUGUAAGGGUAAAAGAUGAGGCUGUUGGUUUUCACAGCCUGUCGCUAAUUUAUUCCAGAAUGGAAAUAUUUUUGAGAAACUUAUGUUGAAUAUACUGCUUUCAGUAAAAAAAAAAAAAAAAAAAAAAAAAAAAAAAAAAAAAAAAAAAAACACACACACAAAAACAAACAAAAAAGUAACAGUUUGGGUUGAAGAUAGAAAUUAGUUUGUAACUACAUAUACCUCAGCAACUGGCAAUAUGCUGGAUUGUUGCACUAAGAGUGGGAGCGUGGGGAGAAUAAAAUGAGGGUUUGUAAGAGGAAGUGAAGGGUACUUCACUGUAAAUGCAGACAAGUAAAUUGCUGUCAUCAGGUAUAUCAGUAAUGCAAGAAAAUAAAUGAGAGAAAUGUUCUACAUCCGUUAAUAUGAAAAAGCCAGUACAAAAAUAGAGGUAAGUAGAAAUAUGGCAGAUCUGGUGUGUUAACUUGUUUUUUGCCACAUGUUUUGUAACUGAAAGUGUGAUGAGGCUUGGAAUAAAGCAUUCUGUGGCGAAUGGUA